AUGUCGAUCUCUGGUGCAAUUGGCAACUACUUUGUCGAUUCACUUAUAAGUCAUGAAACCGAGGGAUCGCCUGCAACAAAGUUUGCUUCUGGGCAAUAUUUAGUCUCCAGACAGCCGCGAGUCCCCGAACAUCCCGAAUUUCCUGCUUGUAAUUUUCAGCCGAAAUCUCCCGUGUUCGGCACCUCCUGGGCCCCCGUGUACGGCCAGCCUUCUGCCAAUGUUUCCACUUUGUACCAUCCGUAUGUCCAGUCUCACCCCAUUCAGCCUGAUAGCAGGUACAUGCGGUCCUGGUUGGACCCGACCCCCAGGACUGUGUCCGGACCCGGAAUGCCUUCCAGCGGUCACGAUUCAUUGAAAGCAGAAACACCGGUGACUCAUGGCGGCGAAACCCUACCAGCAGCGCUUCAAAAAUUGCAUGGCGAAUAUUUGGAGAGCGAAACCAUUUGCUCCGGGAAAGCGCCGUGCUACGAAGACAGCAUGUGUGAAGAGAAAGGAGACAAAGAGACAUCAGAACAAAGCAAUCCUUCUGCAAAUUGGUUGCAUGCCCGCUCUACGAGGAAGAAAAGAUGUCCUUACAGCAAAUAUCAGACCCUGGAGCUGGAAAAGGAAUUUCUGUUCAACAUGUACCUCACCAGGGACCGGAGGCACGAAGUAGCCCGUCUUCUUAACCUGACUGAAAGACAAGUCAAAAUCUGGUUUCAAAACAGGAGGAUGAAGAUGAAAAGACUCAGUAAGGAGCAUGUAAAAGAGUUCGAGUGA